ACAACUCAAACAAUUUUCUUUUCUUGUAAAAAAAAAAAUGGAAAAUUUCUCUUCUUUGAAUACCAAAACUCAUAACCAUGCUCGUUCUAAUAGUUUACCUUCUAAGCCACACCCUAUAAUUCUACAAUGCAAUGAACACUUAGCUAGAUUAGGGUGUGCUAAUAGUAAUUAUGAUUCCACUUCCUCCUCUUUAGUCCUUAGCCACAAACUAAACAUCCUUCAAGAUUUGCAUAUAUGCAUUGAAAAAUUGGUUCAAUUACCUCUAACACAAGAAACACUUGUCAAACAAAGCCAAGAGAAAUGGGUUGAUGAGCUUUUAGAAGGUUCCUUAAGUCUUCUAGAUACAUGCACAGCAACGAAAGACGCGCUACUUCACACGAAAGAGUGUGCGCGCGAGCUACAAUCGAUUAUAAGAAGAAGGAGAGGAGGUGAAGGAGAGAUUGCAAUAGAGGUUAAGAAAUUCUUAACCUCAAGGAAAGUAGUGAGAAAGGCUAUUUUCAAAGCAUUGGAAAAUUUGAAAGGUAAUGCAAAUAAAAGUUAUGCUUCUAUUAACAAUAACAAAGACUAUCAAACUGUGGCAACAGUUAGUUUGUUGAAAGAAGUUGAAAUGAUUACUUUCUCUAUAUUUGAGACAUUGUUGAAUUUUAUGUGUGGAACACAAUCAAAGAAAAAUAGUUGGUCUUUGGUUUCAAAGAUAAUGAAUAGCAAAAGGGUGUCAAAUUCAUCAUCACAAGGUGAAGAUGAGAAUGAGUUUGCAAAAGUGGAUAAUGCUUUGGAAUUUUUUGCAUUAAACUUGGGAAGCAAGUUAAGUGACAUUGAAAAUUUGCAAAAUAAGUUGGUGAAUUUAGGAUCAUGCAUACAAGACCUUGAAGAAGGACUUGAAUCAUUGUUUAGGCGUUUGAUUAAAAUCAGAGUUGCACUUCUCAAUAUCCUUAAUCACUAGUUGAAUAUUGAAAAAGAUGCAUCGGAAUAUUUUGCAACAUAUUGCAUCUUGUUUUGUAUGAUACAAUUGUAGAUAAUGUGUUAUUUAUCUGUUAUUUUGAUGGUAAAAGUUCAUCAAAUGGCAUGAAUAUAAUGUGUAAAUUUUUUAUUCCAAAGUCUUGACCAUUUUCUAAGCAUAGUACAUUUUCAAUUUUAUUUCUCUUGUUAUAUUUAUGGUAUGGGUGGAUUUGUAUUGUUUUACAUUUAAAUGGGCUGAACUUAAUAAUGAAUUACAUCCCCACUUUACCUUGUGA